AUGGCUGAUAGUGAUAGUGCAAGUAGCACCGAUAGUAAAAGUGCGAAUUCUUCAAGCAAUUCUUCCAAGAGAAAAGCUGUUGACUUGAUUGAUAAAAAUAUUAGUGAAAGAUCAAAAUUAAGAAGUCCAAGAAAUUAUAACAUUGAUCAAAGCGGUAAAGACAAAAAUACCAAUAAUCCAUCCAAUGAGGCUAAUCCUAAUGAACUUUCUAAAUCUAAAAAUUUUUUCGGUCAUAAUCCAUUAAGUUGGUUUAGUUCAACAUUCUCCACGAAUUCUCCAACCCAUAAAUCCAAAUCUAAUGUCACUUCCAAUUCACCUUCAUUAUCAAUUCAAAUCCCACAAGAUUCUGAUAAAAAAGAUGAUUCCGAUAAAAAUUUUAAUAAUGAUGGUUUACCAUUAUCUCCUACGCCUAAAAGAAGAAAGCCAAAUCCAAAUAAUCGUCUCAACCCAUUAUCGAAUAGUCAUAACAUAUCAAUUGUUAAUAAAACUAAUCUUCGUUUGAGAUCACCUGUCAAGCAAUAUUCAUCACCAAUUAGAAAGUCAGUUACUUUUUCAGAUAAUAUUGAAUCAUCGCCGGAGAUUCCAUUGCCUGCAUCCUCACCAAUUCCCUCUUCUAAGUCAAAUAAACCUCCAAGCAAGUCAAUCUUGAGAGGUAAUUCAUCACCAAAUCAUCAUUUUCAAAAUAAUGGUAAUAAUAUUAAUAAUAUUGAUAGACAAUUUAAUAAAAAAAAUCCAUCAACAUCAAAUAGAGCUGAUACUAAAAAACUUUUACAUAAUGAUCCUAAUAAUAUUGAAUUUUGGGAAACUGGUCAAGUGCAUUGUAUUCAAGAUCAAAACAUAAGGGAAUUUAGUUCAGUUUAUUUGGGUGGUCUUCAUAUCUUAUCAAAUAAUGAUCAACUUUAUCAAAAUAAAAAAUUUGAAGUUUAUGCCACAUUGAAUAAUAUUUUCCCCCAUUAUGGUGCCAUAAAUGUGACCAAUAAUAAUAAUAAUAAUAAUAAUAAUAAUAAUAAUACUAAUAGUAAUAAUAAUAAUAACGGUAACAGUUUAUAUAUGAAAAAAAUAAACAUUAUUAUUAAGAAUUUAUCACUUGCCAUUGACUUAAGUGUUGAACAUUUAAAAAUUGAACAAAAGGAAUUAUUGAAUAAUCAAGAUAAAAAAGAUCCAUUUGCAUCAAGAAAAUAUGUUCAAAUCUUAAGAUUUCUUGGAUUUUUAUUAUCUACAUUUAAAGUUAAUCAGGCAUUAAUGAAUCAUUCAGAACCGUUACAUCGAGUAAAUGAAGUAUAUUGGCUUUCCAUUCAAGCUUUGACUCAUGAAAAUACUAAUAAAGUGAUUAUUACAUCACAAACGACAUUUUUACGUGAAGAAAAAUUUGGCAUGUAUUUUUUAGAAAUGUCACAAAUUGCGGAUUUAAUCGAUGCGGCUAUUAAUAUUAAACCUAUAUUAAGUAUAAAUGUUAUUACUGAGAAAUUAUUAUUAAUUAAUAGUUUUAUUAAUAAAUAUCCAUCAUUUAUGCAAAAGAAAGUUGAUAUUUGGUUACCUCGUGAAGUAUUAAGUAGACUUGUCUUUGAAAAUAAAAGACAAUCCAUUAGAAUUAAAGCGAUUUGUAUAUCAAUUCUUUUAGAAUCAUUAAAACAAUAUUUAUCAUCUUAUGAUGUUCAAAAAAAAAUUGCACAGAUUGUUUGUACAUUACCUAUAAGAGAAACAAUGACCUCUGAUAUGAUUCAAAAUUUACAAGUGGAAUUUAAUUUACCUGAUUUAACAAAAGAUCAAACAUUUAGUCAAUUAAUUGUUCAAGAAAUUUUCUCAUUAAUUGAUAUUGGAGAAAAUAAAUUAGCUAAUGAUUUAUGGUUAAGUAUUACAGGGUUAUUAUAUGGGAAUGUGGAGAAAUUAUGUAGUGUAAAUGGUUAUCGAUGGAUUGAUGUUAAUAAGAAGAUGUUUGUCAAAGGUAAUCAAGAAUGUCGUAUACUUGCUCUUAAAUCCUGGAGAGUUUUCAUUUCCAAUAGUUUUAUUCAAUUUAAUCAAUUAUCCGAUGAUGUGAAACAGAAAUUAUUUGAUUGUUUAAUUAUCCCAUUUGAUUAUUAUAAAGAGAUUGGAUCUCAAGAUACAGAAUCGUUUGGUAUGGGAGAGAUGGCAUUAUUUAAUUCUAUUGUAUUUGGUACUUGUACAUGUAAUUCGUUAGAAUUGGAAAAUAAUUUCUCACAAUUUUGGCAAAAAUUAAUUAUUGAGAUUAUUGGUAAUAAUAUUUGUCAUAGCAAUAGUAAUAAAAUUGAAAGUAUUGAAGUUUUAAUUAAAUUGUUUGAUCUUAACAAGAGUUAUUCUAAUUUGAAUGCUGGUGGGAAUAACAAGAGGGGCAUUGCUCAUCCUGCAAAGAUAUUGAGUGUUUCUGGGAUUUCCGCCAAUGAGAUUUUAACCAUGUCGAAGGAAAAAAUCAAGAUUGCAUUACCUAUUUUCAAUCUUGUAUUGCCUAACCUUGUGGAAAGUUGUAAACAAGAUUCGAGUUCUAUUAGUGAAUUGUUAUAUAUGGUAUUUCGAUUUGCUGAUUCGAAAGAAGAGAUGAUUUCUUCAGAUAAGAUUUGUGAUUUAUUUUUGAAUAUUUUAACGAAGAUGGAGGAUACGAAUGCCAAUGGUAUUAUAUUUGUUAAUAUCUGUAAUAUUUUAGUAAACCGUAUUCGUGAGUAUUUUGUUGAUGGAGGGUCUACGAAUGCGUUUCUUUUAAAGUUGCUGAAUAGUGGUGAGGAAGAUCAAAUUUGGCUUGGUAAAACACAUCACAUCUUGCCUGUUUUGUUUUCGAAAUUGAAUUUCGAUAAAUUGCAAGGAUUUUCCAAGAUCAAGUUCUGGGGUGCGUUGUUGGACAUGACAAGUUUUUACGAUUAUCCUAGUUUUAACAGUCAAUUACAAAAUUUGGAGAGUAUAGAAACACCGACGGAGGAGGAAUUAAUCUUUUGGAGUAAGAAAGUGAAUGGUAUCCAAACACCAAUUGCUAUUAAAUUGAUGUUAAAAUGGUGUGGUGGCGGGCCCAUUGACAAGUACCUGGAUUUGAGCCAAUGGAAUAAUGAAGGGAUUGUUGCAUUUAUUCAAAGUGGUGGGGUCGAUUUAAAUGCAGAUGUGCAAAUACGGGAUGUAUUAGUUGAGAAAUUAUCAUCUAAUGAAGAGGUUUUUGAAAAAUCAUGGGAAUUAUUAUGUGAUAGAAGGAAUGUUGAUGUGAUCCAUGAUUGUUUGAUGAAUAAUUUCCAAUUGAGUUUUGUCCUUUUACCUGAAUUCCAUUACGAGUUGUAUACGGUAGUUGAUGAUGAUGAAUUGGAAACGAGGUUGGAACAUGGCGGUAAACAACUGUUGGGAGUUAUUUAUUGGAUUUGGAAAGUUCGUAAGAUGGAAUUGAUUUAUAAAUAUUUCAACACUGUGGUGGAAUGUAUAUUGAGCCAGAAGCAUGGGAAGUUGGAGGAGAAUCGUGGUAAGAUUGUCUUGGGUAUUUGCAAAGAAUUGGUAAAUGCGGGUGACAAGUAUAGACAACGGGUGGUUUGUAAGAAGUUGUUGGAACCAUGGAACGGGCGGAUCCUGGCGGGGUUGUUGGAUGAACUGAAUGAGGGUGAAUUGGAUCGAUUAGAUUUGACCAGUUUAUCGAAAUUCACCGAGAUGCGUAUACAAUUGGAAGUGGAGACUCAAAACAAGAUCAUGAAGAGCAUGAAGAAGAGUUUCAAGAAGAGUCAAGAGGUGGAGAUUGAAGAGUUGUUUGAAAUGGUUGAAACAUUAAUUGCCGAUGGUAAAAAUAAUACGAUUUUGGAAAUAUUUGAAGAGAUCAUGAAUCUUUUAUUGCAUCCAACAACAAGUCAGGGCCAGGCUCAAGCACAAGCACAAGCACAAGAUCAUAUCGACGGCAAAAAACAAAGAGUGAACCAAUCGAUCCAAAAAAUUUCCCAGAAUUUAUUCCAAGUAAUAUGCAACGAAACUGAGUCUCGAUCGUGGGAAUUUAUUUCCAAAUUGAAACGUGUUGUCCCGAAGAAGAAAACCUAUUACACGACGAUUGUGUUACAAUGUAUGCCUUAUUUGUCGAUUGGGAAAUUGAAGAAAUUGUCUCCCAGGGGGUUUUCCAGUGUCUAUCAAAAAUGGCAAACGAAAUUGCAGGCGGAGGAAAAAGAAACGCGGACGCAGAGAAAAGGGGGUGCGCCGAUGGACGAGGGGGGAAAAAGAAAUGCGGAUCUGCAAAAGGAUCUGCAAAAGGAUCUGCGCAAAGAGGAUCUGGAAGCAGAUCCGCUUGCGAGUAGUCCCAGAGAAACAGACGCAGCAGGCCCCGCACAAGACUCGAUCCAGGUGGCUGGAACACAGCUGCCCCUAAUUAGCUCUACACAGAAAUUCGACAAGCAAAACGGGGCGGAUGAGCAAUCCGAGAAACAGUCUCCUUUGAUUAACGGUGACUUGACCACGUGCGAGGCCGACAGAAUCACUAGUCAACCACAAGCGGGAAUGCCGGCCGAGGCACACUCAAAAGUACGUACAGAAGAGGAUGACGAGUUCAACACACAGGCUCUGGAUACACAACAGGAUGCUUUUUUAAGGGCCAUGGAGCACGAGGCGGGGGAGGCUAAUCAAGGGGCAGAUACGCGUGAAAGUGACGACACGCGUGAAAGUGACGACGACUCCCGUGCUCCAGGCUCAUCGCCGUCGCCAUCGCCGUCGCCUGUAAGGUUCCCAAUCUACAACAUCACCACACGUGACACGCCCCCAGACAGCGCCGACGGCGCUGCUGCUGCUGCUCCUACCGCUGCUCCUACCACUACCACUACCACUACCACUACACAACUUGAAACGCCUCAAGACACAGAGACAAGAAACAUGCGCCAAUGUUUCCCUAGCCGCCGAGCCCGCAAGCUGGUGACGCAACUGCGGUUGUUUUCUGUUGCCGACGUCGGACGGAUGUCGUCCGUGGAACGGCGCAACCUGAGGAUCGAGCUGCUCGACUUUAUGAUGACGUUGGAGCACGACCCGGAGUAG